AUGGCGAAUAACAACGAACGAUCAAUGCCCCUCCAGACUCCUAAACGCGAUGUGCUGGUGGAGGCUGAGAAGAAAUAUCAAAAGCUGUGGGCCGAGACUAAGGUGUUCGAGGCGAGCGCAAUCAGCACGAACGAGAUCCCCCCCGGCAGUCUAUCCCCAGCAGACCUCCGAGCUCAACGGCCAAAGUUUUUUGCGACAGUCCCAUACCCGUACAGUAAUGGGAGUCUGCACCUGGGUCAUGCUUUCACCAUAUCGAAAGCUGACUUCUCGACCAGGUACGCUCGCAUGCAAGGCAAAAAUGUGCUGUUCCCCUUCGCAUUCCACUGUACCGGCAUGCCAAUCAAGGCCGCCGCCGACCGCUUGACCAUGGAAAUCGAGCUUUUCGGAAAGAACUUUGAGCGCUACGACACCGAGGGGCCAAACGACGAGCACGUCGCAGUCCAGGGCUCCGAUAAGCCACAAACAGACAUCAACAAGUUCAGAUCCCGAAAGAGUAAGGCAGCGGCCAGGACAACCAACGCUCACUACCAGUUCCAAAUCAUGCUUGCCCAGGGCAUUCCCCGCGAAGACAUCCACCUGUUCGCAGAUGCCCGCCACUGGGUGCGUUUCUUCCCAGCAGCCGGCAAGUGUGACGCAAUGAGCUUCGGUCUCGGGGUGGACUGGCGUCGUUCGUUCGUCACGACCGAGGCGAACCCCUUCUACGACUCGUUCGUGCGCUGGCAGAUGAACAAGCUCUACGCGCUCGGCAAGAUCAGGUUCGGCAAGCGAUACACAGUCUAUUCGCCCAAGGAUGGUCAGGCGUGCAUGGAUCACGACCGCAGCGAGGGCGAGGGCGUCAACGUGCAGGAGUACACGGCUAUUAAAAUGCGGGUGUUGGCGUGGCCUGAGCAGGAAGCAGGCUCUGCUCAGCAGCCGACGGCUGCCUCUUCGACAAUUGCCAGCAAGCUGCAAGUCGCAGGGCUGCCCAACGAUGCCGAGGUCUAUUUCGUGGCUGCCACGCUCCGGCCCGAGACAGUUUACGGCCAGACAUGCUGCUUUGUGGGUCCCACGGCCAAGUAUGCCAUCUUCUCCACUGGCAAGGACAACGAAUAUCUCUUCAUUUCGGAGCGAGCAGCUCGCAACAUGUCGUUCCAGGGCGUAUUUGCGUGUUGGGGUCACUACGACAAGGUGCUGGAACUGAGCGGUGCCGAAGUUAUCGGUACUCGGGUCGAUGCUCCUCUCUCGGCCCAUCGUGAUGGAGUUCGUGUCUUGCCCAUGGAGAUUAUCGAGGAGGCCAAGGGUACAGGGGUAGUGAUAUGCGUACCUUCUGACAACCCCGCGGAUUACGCUUCGACGGUCGAGUUGUCCACGAAGCCCGAGUAUUACGGCAUUCAGCGCGAGUGGGCAGCCCUCAAGGCCGUGCCCAUCAUCGAAACACCCGCCUACGGUAGCCUCACUGCACACUCGAUAGUAAGUGAGAUGAGCAUCCGCUCACCCAAGGACCCCCGGCUCGCCGAAGCCCAGAAGAUUGCCGACAAGCAAGGUGUCCGCCACGGCACCAUGCUCAUCGGUCCAUUCUCGGGUCGGCCAGUACAGGAAGCUCAGGGACUCGUCAAACAUCAACUCGUCGACGGCGGGCACGCCUUUCCUUAUGCCGAGCCUGAUGGUCGCGUCACGAGCCGUUCCAGAGAUGUUUGUGUAGCGGCCCACCUAGACCAAUGGUACCUGAACUACGGCACGGCCGAAAAUGGCGGCGACGGUGCGUGGAGCGCUCAGGUCCAGCAGCACCUUCGCAGCCUGAAUACAUUUUCCUCGGAAGCAAAGCAAGCCUUCGAGGCGACCCUAGGCUGGAUGGGCCAAUGGGCCUGCGCGAGGUCGUAUGGGCUCGGCACCCAGCUGCCUUGGGACUCCCAAUUUCUGGUCGAGUCUCUGAGCGAUAGUACCAUCUACCAAGCAUACUAUACCGUGGCACACUACCUACACAGCGACAUGUACGGUAAGCAUCCUGGCAUAGGUGGCAUCACGGCAGACCAGAUGACGGAUGCCGUUUGGGAUUAUGUCUUUGCGCGCGCAGACCGGGUCGACAGCGAGAUACCUCUAUCGACACUCCAAGCCAUGCGCCGCGAGUUUGAGUAUUGGUACCCCGUGGACCUGCGCGUAUCGGGCAAGGACCUCAUUCAGAACCAUCUGACCUUCUUCCUGUACAUCCACGUCGCCAUGUGGCCUUCCGAGUUCUGGCCCCGAGCCAUACGGACCAAUGGCCACUUGCUCCUGAACGGCGAGAAGAUGAGCAAAAGCACCGGAAAUUUCCUUACGCUACGUGAGACCAUCGAGAGGUUCGGCGCCGACGCAGCUCGUAUUGCCAUCGCCGAUGCGGGAGAUGGUAUGGACGACGCCAACUUCGAGGAGAGCGUGGCCAACAAGACCGUCCUCAAGCUGUACGAGCUGAGAAAAUGGAUUGAAGAAACGCUGGACACCAGAGACGCAAAUGCCGGUGAAGCAUUGCGUACAGGGAACGACGAAAUGUGCUUUUGGGACGAGCUCUUUCAGAACCAUCUCCACCACCUCGUGGCUGACGCCACGGCGCAGUACGACCAGUGCCUUUUCAAGGCGGCACUCCGAUCCUGCUUCUACGGCUUGACGGCCGCACGCGACUUUUACCGCGACGCCGUCAAGGCGGCCGGAAUUACCAUGCACCAUGGCCUUGUCCGUCGCUACGCCGAGCUCCAAGCCCUCGUCCUGGCCCCACUGGCGCCUCACUGGGCAGAGCACAUAUGGCUCGAGGUGCUUGGGCAGAAGUCCAGCAUCCAGACAGCACGCUGGCCCGAGACGCCACCCGCUGAUGCCGCAUGGAUGCACACCUUGGACUACAUUCAGACAACCUUGUCCAACGUGGCGGCCGCCGAGUCCCAACAGCACAAAAAGCUAGCCAAGGGAAAGAAGACCACCGCAGGCACGGACUUCAACCCCAAAAGCCCCUUCGAGGUGACGAUCUUCUUCACGAGGGCACUCCCCACAUGGAAAGACUACGCCAUGAACCUGGUUUGUGAAGCGCUGGACGAGCUCAACAUAGUCGACAUGGCCGACAUCAGCAGGAAGGUCCCAGCUAAGGACAGGAAGCGGGCCAUGCCGUUCAUCAAUGCCUUGAAAUCCCGCCUCGAUGCGGGCGAGGACAGAAACACGGUACUGUACAAGGCCCUGCCAUUUGACGAGGGCAGAGCCCUGGUGGAGAUGAUACCCGUGCUGAGGCACAUGAUGCAGCCGAGAUGUGGUAGUGUGCGUGCCGUCGAGGUCAGCCGGCCGCAGGGCGGAGGAGAUACGGACGGUGUCAAGGCCGUUGAGGUCGCGAGCGGGGAGGCUUGGCCCGCAGAUACAGAAGGAAGACCCACAAUGAUACCACCCUGGCAUGUCUGA